CUGCUUCCGGUUUUUCAAGGAAUAGAUAGAAAAAAAUAAGGUGGCCACCGCCAUGUUUCAGAAUGAAAUAUGUCCAAUGCAUUAAGUGUAGUAUUGCUGUAUAGCAGUAUUUACACUACAUAGUUAUUGUCUUUGUUUUAAAGAAUACGUUUUGAUUGAUGAGACUACCGCGGGAGUUGUAUUUGCUGUAUUGUUUCCCAUACAGUAACAGUGUUACGCAAUGCACCAUGGGAGUGGACCACAGAAUGUGCAACGGCAACUUCAGAGAUCCAAGUCCACCACUGGAUCUGAAGCAGAAGACCACCAGAAGCAGCAGACCAUGGCAGUUACUCAACAGCAGGCAACAGCCAACCACCCACAAUCAACUGUGACCACGUUUGCAUCUGCAGCCAGCCCUUCAGGCCCCCAGUCCCCCAACUACCAGAUAAUAAUGAGCCGCAGCCCUGUCACAGGCCAGAACAUGAACAUCACCUUACAAAAUGUCAGUCAAAUGGUGACGGGCAACCAACAGAUCACCCUCACCCCGCUCCCCCUCCAGAACCCAGGCUCUCCCGGCUUCCAGCACACGGCCCCGCAGUGGAGGUUUGAGCCUGCCCCGUCCUAUAUCCAGGUCACCUCACCUCUGCCACAAUCCAUGCAGCCACAAAGUCCCACUCAGCACAGCCCAGUCCCCCUCCAGCGACCAGGGGCACCUGUAACAGGACUGGGUUUGUGUGGACAGAGCCCAACACGCUUUGUUGAUGCUGGCAUGCUUGUGAGACAAAUCAGUCUUGGCAGCCCGCCUGGAAGUGGACAUUUUGUUUACCAAGAUGGGACAGGGCUGACGCAGCUAACUCCAACCACAGCUGGGCAGGUGCAGCUGGCCUCCCCAGGGGUGCCAGGCUCUGUGCGUGAACGCAGUCUGUCCCAGCCCCACUCACAGACGGGAGGCACCAUCCACCACCUCGGACCUCAGAGUCCUGUGGCCAGUGGGACUGUUUUGCCCACGCUGGGGGGCUCAGGCCACAUAACCACCUCCAACUUGCCACCUCAAAUCAGCAGUAUCAUCCAGGGGCAGCUGGCGCGUCCCAUGAUAUUUGAGAAGACUUCACAGGGUAUGGUAACUGGAGUGGGGACAGCUACCACAGUGUCUUUCAGUAUGCCCUCCACCAUUCCUCCCUCCAGCCCUUCCCUCAUUAACCCUCCCCAAGGCAUCCCCAAUACCCCUCUCACCCCUACCGGCAUGUGCUUGGGGUCCAUCAAGAAACAGAUACCCAAAAAGCUGGAGGAAAUUGCACCCUCAAACCCAGAAGUGGCCCAGCUGAGGAAGCAGUGUCUGGAGCACCACACUAAGAAGAUGGAGGGUCUGAAGGAGGUCUUCAAAGACUACCUGAUUGAGCUGUUCUUCCUGCAGCACCUCCAGGGGAACAUGAUGGACUAUUUGGCUUUCAAGAAGAAGCCCUGUGUCCCGCUUUUCACUUACCUGAGACAGAAUGACCUUGACCUUGAGGAGGAAGAGGAAGAGGAGGAGCAGUCUGAGGUCAUCAAUGAUGAGGUCAAGGUUGUAACUGGAAAGGAUGGACAGGCCGGAACACCAGUUGCCAUAGCUACACAGCUUCCACCCAAUGUUUCAGCAGCAUUCUCUUCCCAGCAGCAGUUCCAGGUGCACCAGGGAGCAGCUGGCAGCAUGACAAACUCAGGGGACAUGGAUGCCUUUAAGAGGCAACAGGCAAUGGCACAAGCAGAUCAGGCUAAGAGGUCCCGGAUUGAAGUUGGUCGCCAUGGAAUGAUUUUCCAGCAUCCUGGUGCUUUAGGAUCACCUGGCGUUCCACUCCAGCAGCUUAUGCCGACAGCGCAAGGCGGGAUGCCCCCCAACCCGCAGACAGUCCAGAUCCCCGGGCAGAAGCAGAACCAGCCACAGUAUGACCCGUCCAAAGGGCCUCCAGUGCAGAAUGCAGCCAGCCUGCACACUCCUCCCCCCCAGCUGCCAGGCCGCCUGCCCCAGGGCGCCCUCCCCAUGGCAGUCCUGCCCAUGGCUCUCUCUCAGCAGCCCCUACUUGUGGAGAGCUCAGCCCAGGCCGCCAAUCAGCUCCAGGUGAAGGUGCAGGGGGCUGGACCCAUCAUGGCUCCAGUCAACCCCCACAUACAGCUCCAGGCCCAGCUCCAGCAGCAGAUGCAGUCUGGUCUUCACCUCCAAAUGCAGCCUCAGCAGCCCCAGCUCAUGCUGCAGCCAGCACAGGCCACUGUGGCCCUCACUCGUCCUGGAGCAGACUCCAACCAACCUGGCCAAAGAAUGAUGACCAACUCUCUGUCCAACCCCUCAAUGUCUCCUGCCCCCCUCAACGCCCCCAACUCACUCCCCUCCCCCCACACAAUUGGCCCCCUCCGCCCCUCUGGGUCCAACAUCAACCCUGCCACACAGUCCAAACUAGCCGGGCCCAACGGCACCUCCACAGUCAAAAUGGGAGGCUUUGGUCAGGGCUCGGGUAUGCAGUCAUCAGAAGGGAGUUCACAUGACAAACAAGCUGAACAGGCCAAACUGGAGAGCCAGGUGCACCAGCGUAUCUCUGAGCUGAGGAAAGAGGGCCAGUGGUCAGCCAGCAGGCUGCCCAAGCUCAUGGAGUCCUCUCGGCCCAAAUCCCACUGGGACUACCUACUGGAGGAGAUGCAGUGGAUGGCAGCUGACUUUGCCCAGGAGAGGAGGUGGAAGAUGGCUGCUGCCAAGAAGCUGGUUCGCACCUGUUCCCGUUACCAUGACGAGCAGAAGAAGAUGGAAGAGGGAUCCAAGAAAGAGAAAGAACUGCGUCUCCGUCACAUUGCUAGCACCAUCGCCAGAGAGGUGGAGUUCUUCUGGUCCAACAUUGAGCAGGUUGUGGAAAUUAAACUGCGUUUCCAGAUUUAUGAGAAAAGACUGAAAACACUCAGCCUGCAGAGAGCAACGAGUAAAGGACAAGAUGUUAAACCUGCUCUGGCAACCGCAGUGAAAGCAGAAAAAGAGGAGCCCAAUAUGUCAACAAGGAAGCGAAAGUCCAGCACUUCAUUGGCAGAAGAAGUUCAGGAUGAGGAGAGCACCAUAGAGGAGCAGGAAGCCAUGGAGGUGACAGCUGAUCAGAAGGCAGAGUUGGGAGACCUGGCUAAAGAUGCUGAGAUGCCGCUGGAUGCUUUGAUGAAACAGUAUGCUGGUGCCUACGCUGACAACUUUGACUGGCCCCAGCCUUCCCCACAGAGUGAUGAGGAUGGCAGGGAUGAGACUGAAGAGAUGGAGUCCUCUCUGGACACCCCCCACGAGGCUGUAGUGAUAGACUCCCUGCUCAGUGUGGACCAGUAUCGAGGUUCUGAAAAGACCAGCCCCCCUGGUGCUGACGGGAAGCCCAAGAAGGACAUAGCAGAGGUAGCAGCCGCCACAGAACUCAUCCUACCCAAGGGCAGUGCCAGGACCACCACUUCCGGCCGCAGCCAGGCUCCUUUCCUGCUGCACGGAUCACUGCGUGAGUACCAGCAGAUUGGAGUGGACUGGCUAGCCAGUCUCCACAAGAAACACCUCAAUGGCAUCUUAGCAGACGAGACAGGGCUGGGCAAGACUGUGCAGACUGUGGCCUACCUGGCCCAUCUGGCCUGUCAAGAGGGCAUCUGGGGCCCCCAUCUGGUUGUGGUGAGGACGUGUAAGAUGCUGAGCUGGGAGAUGGAGUUUAAACGCUGGUGUCCCGGCCUUAAGAUCCUCCUCUACCUUGGCAACAGACAGGAACGCAGAGCAAAGAGAAGGUGGUGGGCGGAGACCAACAGCUUCCAUGUGUGUGUGACAUCCUACAAGCUGCUGCUGAAGGACCAGAGCCAUUUCCUGAGGAGGAGGUGGAAGCACCUGGUCCUGGAUGAGGUGCAGCUCAUUAAGAACAUGUCAGAGAAACACUGGGAAACCAUCUUUGCGCUCAAGAGUCAGCAGAGGAUCCUCCUCAUCAACACUCCACUCCAGAACACACUGAAGGAGCUGUGGACCAUGAUCCACUUCCUCCUGCCAGGAAUCACCAGACCCUACACAGACUUCCCUGUCAAGCCAGGCACAGACCAGAACCAGGACUACUGCCACAAACUGGUCAUCCGCCUACACAGGAUGAUCCAACCCUUCAUCCUGAGGCGCUGUAAGAGGGACGUGGAGAAGCAGCUUCCUAAGAAGUAUGAACACAUCCUCAAGUGUCGCCUUUCUAGCAGACAGAAGAGCAUGUAUGAAGAUAUCCUCACUCAGCCAGGAGCCCAGGAGGCAUUGAAGACUGGUCAUUUUGUGAGUGUGCUGCAGGUGCUGAUGCAGCUGCAGAGGAUCUGUAACCACCCAGACCUAGUAAACAUCAGGGAGACCAGCAGCUCCUACGUGUGUUCCUCUCUGCAGUACAACACCCCUUCCCUGGUGCUGGGAGCCCUGCAGGAGGACCAACGCACGAGCCUGGACCUGUCCCUGUUCGACCUGAUCAGUAAUGAGAACAGACUGACGCGCUACGAGGCGGAGGAGGUACUACCCAAACUCAAAGUCACCCGUCAGCUGAUUGAGGAGAUCCACAGUGCCCCGGACCCACCGGCCAGACCCAAGCCCUGCAAGAUCAAACCCAUGAGGUUGUUCCAACCAGUGCAGUAUGGCACUAAGCCAGAGGGCCGUCUGGUGCCCAUGACCAAUACUGUGGGUCAGCAGCGUCCUCCAGCCACCACUACCACCCCCCCCACCACCGCCACUACUACUUCUACUGCCCCUCAGCCAGCCAGGGCCACCACCACCACUACCACCACACAGGGUGGAGAUGUGUUGAAGAUAGCCCAGCUGGCGUCCAUAGCGGGCAGCCAGAACCGAAUCUCCCAGCCUGAGACCCCCGUCACGCUGCAGUUCCAGGGUAACAAGUUCACCCUGUCCCCUAGCCAGCUCCGACAGCUCACCACAGGGCAGCCCUUGCAGCUCCAAGGUACACUCGGCAACAUCCUGCAGAUAGUGUCGGCCCCUGGUCAGCAGAUCCUCCGGCCCCAGGGCUCCAUGGUCAUGCAGACGGUACCUCAGGCUGCACCUGUCUCCAACUCCUCCACCAGAUCUGGCACCCCACCCCCAGCCGGCCCCGCCCAACAAGCUUCAGGGAUGACAUCAAAUGCCUUGGGGGUGAGCGCCCAGCCUGCUGCUGCUGCUCCUAUUGCCCCUCAGGUGUCGUCAGAGGAGAGGGGUCGUCAUCUGAAGGAGCGUCUGAGCCGCCUGUUCAGUGCCAACGAGAGGCGUUGUGACCGCAGUGUUCUCUACGGGGCUGACCUGCUCCAGGUCUGCUCUGUGACCCCAGGGGCUCCUCACUCUGCCCUGAGCCACGGUGGCUGGAGAUGGGUGGGCAGGGACAGCUGCCUCAGGGCCCAGAGGACUCCUGUGUCUACCACAACACACCUCCAGUCUGCCCUGCUCUCCUCCACAAACCGCCAGGAUGCCAGCAGUAGCCUAGUCAGCAGGUUAUCAUGUGUUGUCCCUGCCGCAGUAGCUCGUCCCCCUUACCUGUAUGCAGCCAAUCCCCCAGCUCCCUACAGCCUGGAGCAGAAGUCCAUCAGUCGCAGGCUCCAGGAGGCCGCCGCCCCCCACAGCACAGAGAUCCACAGCCUGGCCUCUGGACACCUGCUCCAGUUCCCUGACCUGCAGCUCAUGCAGAUGGACUCGGGUAAACUUGAGGCCCUGGCCAUUCUGCUCCAGAAGCUGAGGUCGGAGAAUCGCCGCGUCCUCAUCUUCACACAGAUGGUGAAGAUGCUGGACAUCCUGGAGGCCUUCCUGGACCACCGGCAGCUCACAUACAUCCGUGUUGAUGAGAGCCUGAUCACAGAGGAACGCCAGGAACAUAUGAAGACCUUCAACAGGAACAGACAGGUGUUCUGCAGCAUCCUGACCAACCGCUGCUGCUCAGCUGUGGGGACUGUGUUCGACGCAGACACCAUCAUAUUCUACGACACAGACCUCAACCCCAGCAUGGACGCCCGCACCCAGGAGUGGUGCGACAAGAUCGGACGAUCCAAGGACAUCCACAUCUACAGACUGGAGAGCGGGAACUCCAUUGAAGAGAAGCUGCUAAAGAACGGCACAAAGGAUCUGAUCCGAGAGGUGGCUGCCCAGGGGACUGACUACACCCUGGCAUUCCUCACACAGCGGACCAUCCAGGACCUCUUUGAGGUGGAGGCCGGCUCAGGGGAGAAGGUUGAGGAGUUCGUGGUUCUGCACCAGGAGCCGUCUCCCUCUGAGGCCAUCUCUCCACGCGUGGCUAGGCCCUACAUCCAGGCCCUCCACAGCAUCAGCCUGGACGCCCCGCCACCAGAUCAGCAGCAGGAGGAGGACCUGGAGAAGGAGGUGCAGGUCAAAGAGGAGCCCUCUCAGCUGGCGGAGCUUAAUGCUGUAAUGGACCAGUUAACACCAAUAGAAAAAUAUGCCCUGCAAUUCCUGGAGUAUCUUCAUGUCAGUGAAGACGAACUUGUUGCCAAGGAGCGACUGUUGUGUGCGAAGAGAGGCUGGGAGAUGCAGCACCUCCAGAAACUGAAGGCUCAAGACGAGGAGAGGAUGAUCAUUGAGGAAGAGGAGGACCUGUUCACCUACACCAGAGAGGAUGCUUACAAUAUGGAGUAUGUGUUUGAUGGAGAAGAUGGCCAAUCGGAAAUCAUGCCGCUGUGGACUCCACCUACCCCACCGCAGGAUGACAACGACAUCUAUAUCGACUCUGUGAUCUGUCUGAUGUACGACUCUGCUCCCAUGCCUGAGUCCAAACUGCCUCCUGUCUACAUCCGCAAGGAGCACAAGAGACUCAAGAUGGACCCCUCAGCAGCGGGCAGGAAGAAGAAGAAGGGUCAUGGGGAGACGGUGAUUCCUCCUCGCUCCCUCUUCGAGAAGGCCAGCAUGCUCAAGGUGCGCCGAGAGGGCAAAGACCAAAAGAAGAACUUCUCCCUGAAGCAGCAGGCGCCCUUCGCUAAGCCUCUGCCCUCGCUGGUCAAACCUGCCAUGGAGGCCGGACAGGACAACCCAGAGUGGCUUAUCAGUGAAGACUGGGCCCUGCUACAGGCUAUGAAGCAGCUCCUGGAGCUCCCUCUGAAUCUAACCAUCGUGUCUCCGGCCCACACCCCCAACUGGGACCUGGUCAGCGACGUGGUCAACUCCUGCAGCCGUAUCUACCGCUCGCCCAAGCAGUGUCGCAACCGCUAUGAGAACGUCAUCAUCCCCCGGGAGGAGGGCAAGUUGGUGUAUGAGGCGAAUCCUAAGAAGAAAACCAAGAGCAUAUACAAGUCUAAGAACAGCCGGCCGCUGCGCACCUGUCAGAUCUACACCCAGGAUGACAACGCUACACACAUCCAGCUCUACAACAGCCGCUUUGAGCUCAUGAAGAUCAUCGCCAGCAAGAGGAGUCCCCCCAUCAAACCCCUUCUGGGGAUGAACCCAUUCCAGAAGAACCCCAAACAUGCUUCUGUCCUGGCAGAAAGUGGGAUCAGCUACGACAAGCCCCUCCCUCCCAUUCAGGUGGCAUCUCAACGUGCUGAGAGGAUUGCCAAGGAGAAGAAGGCCCUAGCCGAGCAGCAGAGGGCUCAGCAGAUAGCUCAGCAGGCUGGAGCACCCCAGGCCGUGGCCGGUGCUGCCCAACCCCAGGCGGGGGCUCCCGCUGCAGGCCAAGCCCAGGCCCCGGGGGUCCUCCAGGCCCCUGCAGCGGCUGGAGCUAUGGCUGUACCCAACACCGCUGUCCUGCCUGGAGCCAUAAAGAAUGCUGCUGUGGGAACAACCAUUCAAGCUGCCACCGUAGUGGGGAACCUGAUUGUGAACACAGUGGCUGGAGUUCCUCCAAGUCCGUUCCAGGCCAACAAACGGCUGGUAUCACCAGGUCAAGUCAUACCAGGAACCCUGUCUCCUGCCAGUGCAGCAGGUGCCCAGGUGGUCCACUCCCAGCAGAGAGCCGUACCUGCCACUGCCACCCCUGGGGAGGUGGUUGCCAUAGCUACGGGUCAGGGUGUCAGGGCCGUUACCCCGGUGACUGCCUCUGCGGUGGUGACUACCACUCUGACCCCAGUGCAGUCCCAGACCCGCUCCCUGGUCACACCAGCCACAGGCAUGCAGCUCCCCCAGGGCAAGCCCAUCACCCAGGCCCACCUCCACAUGCUCCGCCAGCAGCAGCUCCAGCAGCAACAACAGCAGGCUGCCUCGCCACAAGGCAUCAAGGCUGUGGGAAAACCCCAGGAGCUUCUGAAGAUACACAAGCAGAAGCUGCAGAUGGCCCAGCAGCAGGCAGGAGCCGGCCAGCAGCCCGUCCAGGUGCAGCCAGCCAACCCCCAGGCAGCUCAGGCCAACCCCCAGCUGGCCGCUAUAGCUGCCGGUCCCAGAGCCGGAGCCGUGCUGGCUGGCACCACCGUAGCUAACCUGCAGGUGGCCAGACUGACACGGCUGCCCACUCAGGGUCAGAUCCAGGCCCAGCCAGGGCAGACGGCCCAGGUGACCCUCACCAAGCCCCCCGUGGUCUCUGUGCCCACCGUGGUCUCCUCCGCUGGCGUCACCACCCUGCCCGUCACUAUGGCUGGCAUCAGUGUAGCCAUUGGACAGGCCCAGAAAACCGGUGGGCCAGUGUUGACGCCCCCGUUCCCCCAGAUGCUCCAGAUGAAGAAGCAGCAGGCAGCCGUGCAGGCUGCAGCUGCCCUGCAGAAAGCAGUGCAGCCACAGCCAGGACAAGCCUCUGUGCAGCAGAAGGUGGGGCUCUGGGGGAAAACAGAACCACCACAGUCUACGCAACCACACACAUAUUUACAACUGGGCACCCAGCAGAUGACAGUACCGGCUACCCAGCAGCAGAAGGUCACCUAUGCUGCCACCACCCAGCUACAGCCUAGCAUCAAGAACCAGUUCUUCACUACUUCCAUCGCCCAGGCUGGGAAACCCACUGGGGCCCAGCAAAUCCAGGUGGCUAAGCUCCCCCAGAUAGUGCAGGGGCAAUCCACUGUGGCCAACAUCCAGAAGAUCGUAUCAUCUCCACAGCAGAUCCAGCCCCAGACGGUGGCCCUGACUCAGACUACAUCCUCAGCCCAGCCCCAGGUCCAGAUGAUUCCAGCAGGCACAGCCACAGCCCAGGUGGUUCAGCAGAAGCUCCUCCAGCAGCAGGUGGUGACUGCAGCUGCCUCGCCUCAGAUACAGACCCCCCCUCCUCACAGCCCGGCCCAACAGGCCCCAGUUUCCACUGCAGCAGAGUCCCCAGUACAGCAGCAGCCAGCCAAGGGCCAGGCUCGCGGAGGGGCCAUGAGGGGCAAGACCCAGGCCAAGCCCAGCGGGGGCAGCAGCUAGGUGCCCACAGGACUAGUUAGUGCUCCCCUCUCAGCUAGGCUAAGCAGGACAUCUCAUCAGUGUAAAUGCACUCAGUGACUGAGGAGCAGUGUUAUGAAGAGAUCCAGCGUUAUGAAGGAGUGGUGGAGUCCAGUCUGAGGUGGCUGUGUUGAAUCUAACCUGGUUUAAGGAAGUGCUCCAUGUAAAGGAAUGACAUGUCUUUUAAGAGUGUUGUCAUCAUCUAUCUUCAACACAGUUCUGUAACUGUCAGCUGUUUCCUUCGCCACUGUUUCAGAAAGUCUCCCCUGGAGGAAACCUCCCCCCUGGACCAACAUCUAAUAUAAGAUCAGAAAAGCAGAAAAAUAAUAUUCAUGCCUUUUUUAAAUUGAUGAAUAUAUUAAUGUUACUCCAUAGAUAUUCUGUGGCUAUGGGCUGGUGCAUAGCUAAUUUGGGGAAUGUCCAUUUGAAUAAUGUUUUGUGUAUUCAUACAUUGUCCCUGUCCACCUUGAUGAUAUUAUUCUCAUGCUUACCGUUUAUGAUGUCUGUAAUUUCAUAGUUGGUAGAUAUAGAAAACACCCUUCUCGUAAAAAAAAAAAAAAAGUUAUCUUGAUAAAGUAAUGCAUAUUAAUGAGACUACAUCUGAGUAGUACAGGUGCAUUGCCUACCAGAAGGAUAAAGGUGGGAGGACAUCAGUCCUCAUGCUAAUUGUCAUUGUGAAACUUAUUCACACACAUCAAAGCCCUGAGUCAUUAGUGAAUGCAUUUUUACCUAUAGAAACACAUUCACAUAACCUUUUUCAAUGUAACAUUGACAGAAGUGUCCCUAAAAGUUAGCUCCUUAACUGUUUGCAUAAGAGGGAGCUUGCCAGGUCCAAAACUGCCCCAAUCGUAUCACAGUUAUAACGACCACUGAAAACACAAAUGAAAUAAUCUGAAUGUAACAUUUUGUUUUUUGUAACCUUCAGAUAUUUAAUGGAUAAUAAUGCAUGUUCCUUCAGUCGAUUAUGUUUAUGUAACAAAUACACUGUAAACAUGUACUUUAGUAUCUUGUGUUUUCUCAUAAAAAUGCCAUUUUUUUUAUUGAUGUUGAAGAAAAAAAACUGUAAAUAACAAUGAAAAAGGAAAACAUUUGUACUUGUAAAGUAGUUGUGUUUUCAUUGGAUUUUUUCAGCCUAAUUGUAAUAAAGUGUUUUGUUUUUAUACACAA